AUGGAACGGUACUACAAAAAAGCAUCAGUUUCACCAUCUGAUAACACUUUACCAUCUAAUAAUACUGAUGAUUUGCCGUGGGAUCCUGCUAAAAGAAAAAAUAUCAAGGAUUAUAAUGCAAAUCAAGUCGAUGAGGUAAGACACAAAUACCUUCUUAGAGGUCCGUGUCAACCACUUGGUCAUAACUUUGAAAAGAGACUCAUAGGUGGUAAAAUGAGACGAUUUAAUCCAGCUUGGUUUGGUCUGUAUGGUAAUUGGCUAGAGUAUAGUGUAUCGGAGAAAAAGGCUUAUUGUUUGUGUUGCUACUUGUUUAGAGAUGAUGCGUAUCCUGGAUUUGUGAGGGAUGGAUUCUCGAAUUGGCAUAAGCCUGAUAGGUUAUCUUUCCAUGUAGGAGAACUUAACAGUUCUCACAAUAAUGCUGUCAAGAAGUGUGAUGAUUUGAUGAAUCAAGGAUUAGCUUUUCGAGGUCAUAGAGAAGGAGAAGAGUCUUCUAACAAAGGAAACUUUUUAGAACUUCUGAAAUACACAGCUGAUCACAAUGAUGUUAUAAAAAAGGUUGUUUUGGAGAAUGCUCCAGGAAAUAACAAGAUGGUUUCUUCAGAGAUUCAAAAGGAUAUUGUAAACGCUUUUGCAGAAGAAGUAGUGAAAUCUGUUAUUGAAGAAAUUGACAACGGAGUGUUUGGUCUAUUAGUAGAUGAAUCUGCUGAUGUGUCUGACAAAGAACAGAUGACUGUUGUUUUUCGAUUUGUUGAUAAGAAAGGAGCAGUCAAAGAAAGGUUUGUUGGAGUUGUCCAUGUGAAAGAGACUUCUUCUUUAUCUUUGAAGCAUGCUAUUGAUGAGUUGUUUGCUAAGUAUGGUCUGAGCUUGAAAAAAGUGAGAGGACAAGGUUAUGACGGAGCUAGUAAUAUGAAAGGAGAGUUUAAUGGCCUGCGAUCAUUGAUUUCUAAAGAAAACAGCUCUGCAUAUUAUGUUCAUUGCUUUGCUCAUCAACUCCAGUUGGUUGUAGUGGCUGUUGCGAAAAAGAUAUUUGAGGUUUCUGAUUUCUUUGAUAUGGUUUCUAUGUUAUUGAAUGUGGUUGGAGCUUCUUGCAAACGAAAAGAUCAAGUCCGGGAAAAUUAUCGAGCCGAGAUAAAUGCUGGAAUUGCUAGUGGUGACAUUAACACUGGGAAAGGACAGAAUCAAGAAAUUUCUUUUCGAAGGCCUGGAACUACAAGGUGGGGCUCUCAUUAUAAAACGCUGUUGCGUUUGGUUGGGUUGUUUUCUACUAUUAUUAAAGUUCUUGAGUAUAUCGAAAAGGAUGGCGCAGAUGAUUCUAAGAGAUGCCAGGCAUAUGGUCUUCUCAAAUAUGUUCAGACAUUUGAUUGUGUGUUCUAUAUGCAUCUGAUGUUACUUAUUUUGGGAAUAUGUGAGAAUCUAUCGAUGGUUUUGCAAAGGAAAGAUCAAGACAUUUUGAAUGCUAUGUCACUAGUAGAAUCUACUAAGCGGGAGUUACAGAGAGUAAGAGAUGAUGGAUGGGAUUCACUAAUGUUGACAGUUUCUUCUUUUUGUGAGAAACAUGAUACUCAGAUGCUCGAUAUGGAAGAAGGUUUUAUCGAUUCUCGGAGGCCAAGGAAAAAAACCAACAUCACUAAUUUGCAUCACUAUAAGGUUAAUUGCUUUAAUGCAACUUUGGAUUUGCAACUUCAGGAAUUCAACGAUCGUUUUACUGAGGUAAACACUGAGCUGCUUAUUUGUAUGGCUUCCUUAAAUCCUAUUGGUGCUUUUCGGGCAUUCGACAAGUCAAAGUUGGUGAAGUUGGCUAAGUUCUAUCCAGAGGACUUCAGUUUUAUGGACUGUUUAUCUCUUGAGCAACAACUUGGUAUUUUCAUCGACAAUGUACGGCAUGAUCAGCGAUUUAAAAAUCUGAAGAGUCUUGGAGAUCUUUCUCUUCUCAUGGUAGAUACGCAAAAGCAUAUUGCACAUCCUUUGGUUUAUAGGCUUUUGAAGUUGGUUUUGACUUUGCCGGUUGCUACUGCAAGUGUUGAAAGAUGCUUCUCUGUAAUGAAGAUAGUGAAGACAGCUCUAAGAAAUCGAAUGGGGGAUGAUCUUUUAAGUGAUUAUCUCAUUUGUUUUAUCGAAAAAGAAUUGCUUGAUGAUGUCGCAAACGAAGAAGUGUUGAUCCGAUUUCAAGCCAUGAGUGAAAGAAGAAUGCUUUUAUAA